GUUCCCGGAUCUGAAUGACAGCGGGUCGGACUCGUGUGAGAGAGGACUACUGCUCCCAGCACGCCCGGCUGUCCUGCCGGAGAGAGCGGCUGCGUGCCCGGUACCUCCCCGGUGCCGGUGAUCAAUCCCCGCCCCGUGCUGACGUCAGGGGGAGCCGGGUGAUGACCGGUUCUCCCCGUACUCUGUGGCCCAGCCGGGAUGCUUUGUUCCUGAAAGUAUGGAAAGCCAGCAUGCCAGUCUGACGUCGGACCUCAGAACGGAGACCCAAGCUCUUGGGGUGGACGCUCCUUCCAUAGGAAACAUGGCUAAACUGGACGCCUUCAUCAAUUUUGAAACUUUGCGGGAGUUAAGGAGACUCUGCCACUGGGGUCCCAUCAUUGCCCUCGGAGUUAUUAUAAUAUGUUCCAUAGUGGCCGUCUUGGAUUCUGUCCUCUGGUACUGGCCCCUGGACACCCCGGGAAGCAGCCUGAACUUCCUGGCACUUAUUAACUGGACCGUGAUGAUUCUUUACAACUACUUCAAUGCAAUGUUCAUUGGACCGGGGUUUGUUCCUGUGGGAUGGAAGCCGGAGAAUGCUCAGGACUGCAGGUUCCUCCAGUAUUGCAAGGUGUGUGAGGGGUACAAAGCGCCGCGUUCCCACCACUGCCGCAAGUGCAACAGGUGUGUGUUGAAGAUGGAUCAUCACUGCCCCUGGAUCAAUAACUGCUGUGGACACCGGAACCACUCCUCAUUCACCCUCUUCUUACUCCUGGCCCCGCUGGGCUGUAUCCACGCAGCCUAUAUCUUCAUCAUGACGAUGUACACACAGCUGUAUAACAGGAUAUCGUUUGGCUGGAACUCUGUGAAGAUUGAUAUGGGGAUGUCACGACGGGAGCCGGCUCCCAUCAUUCCGUUUGGUAUUUCCUCCUUUGCAGUCACACUGUUUGCGCUGGGACUGGCGCUCGGUACAACCAUUGCAGUUGGGAUGCUGUUCUGUAUUCAGAUGAAAGUGAUUCUGCGAAAUAAAACCUCCAUUGAAUCGUGGAUAGAAGAGAAGGCGAAGGACAGGAUUCAGUAUUAUCAGACCGGAGAGACGUUCUCUUUCCCCUAUGAUCUGGGCAGCAGGUGGAAGAACUUUCGCCAGGUGUUUACCUUUUCCGGUUCCCCUGAAGGCGACGGAAUAGAAUGGCGCGUCCGGGAAGGGUGCCACAGGUACACACUGACGGUGGAACAGCUGAAGCAGAAAGCAGAUAAGCGAGUACGCAGUGUAGAAUACAGAGCAGUGGAGGAUUACAGCGGGGCCUGCUGUCCUCUAACCAAAGGCAUCCGAACCUUCUUCACCACUCCUUGCACCGAGGAGCCACGAAUGCAGCUGCAGAAAGGGGAUCUUGUAUUGGCUACCAGAGGCCUGAAGCACUGGAUGUACGGAGACAGAAUCUUUGAAGGUGAACGUCCAGAGGAUGGAGUCAGCAUAAGGGGCUGGUUCCCCAGAAGAUGUGUGGUGAAACAUGUGUCUGACGCAGGGGCUGACCAGUCAGAUGACGAGAAGAAGACCAGAUAGCGCCCGGUACAUUUUCCCCUUAUGCCAUGGUGUCACUACCCUUUUACAGAUAAUACAGGGGUGCUACCGAAUUGCCACUAGCUGCAGUCUCAGACCCAUCUCUGGAAGUCACCUACCUCUUCCACAACCAUUCCGUGUCUUCAGGCCAUCCGGCUGAGCAUGUCCAUUCAGCCACGUCACGUCGGCCAGGGGCUCAUCCUCCCACACGCUGGAGCUUUGUGUCUUUCACACGUUAGAAGCAAUCUGUAUCACCGUUUUAUUUCGUGGCGGUGAUAUUCACUGCUCGGGAACCCUCAGGACGUGCGCGGAACAUGCAAUUUCCAGCCAAGACGUAGACACACUCUCAUGUACACUUGCCAAGAUUUGACAAACGUCCAUCAUGUAGCUUUCUAUUUGUUCUGUAAACUCUCUCAAAGAUCAGAUGUGAUUCUGAUAAUGCUGCAGACUCCUCACUUUUAAUACAGGAUUUUUGUAAGCUGUCUGUGUACUGUGUACUUGCUGAUAAUCGUAGAAUACAGUGUAUUAGAUGUACGAAGUGUCGCCAAACACCGGGGGCGAGAUGUAAUGCCAUGCCUUGUAAGUGAUUGCCCGUUUAAAAAAAAGUCUGAUAUCGGACAACGUCCUCACCUUCAGGGAUCUUGGAUCCUAUUACAUCUCGCCCCAGCAGCCCAAAUGUUUCCGGGUUGGCCUCUACUAAUGGGGCUCUUUUGAUGUAUGUCACAGAGAACUCAAUAUACAAAAUACCACUUGAAAAAUGCCCCUACAGGUUUUCACCCUUCACAAGGCUUUACUUUAUGGGUUUGUACAAGCCCUCUUUCAUUUUUAUUCAAUACAAUCUUUUCUUUCUUUUUUUUUCUUUUUUUCUAGCCUCCUUUCUGUGCCUUUCAGCAAAGUCUUUAUAAUUUGAUGUACACUCAGUUGUCGCCCAGUGGACCCUAAGUAAGGCCCAUUUUUUUUUUGUACAGAGAGAAUCAGCCAAGAUCUGUGCUGCUCAGAACGUCUAGACAGAAACAUAGAUACAUAUGUUCGCCUCAGCGCAUUUGCGGUUUCCUGAUGCGGCCACGUUCAGACCUGCAUGUGACACAGAAUCAGGCCCAGCUGGUAAUCGGGUAAACCGCUUUCCAUACUGCGGUCAUUCAUCUUCCUCAAGUUACACUCUCUGGGGGGGGGGGAAUUCAAUUACCAGUAUCUGUCUACCGAAUACAUGUCGACCUAUCAUCCAGAUACCAGAGAAAACAUAACCCCAAAAUUGUAAACUGGAUACAUUUCCCAGAUCAGUCACACCAGUGAUAGCUGCAGAUAUGUAUUAUAUUUGCACAUUUCCAAUAACCUACUUUUAUGGCAGUGGCUUCCACAGCUUUACUGCUCUUACUGUAAAGAAAGCUUCCUGUGAUCAAGAUGGGUUCACCUCUCUGUGGAAAUUUAAAUGGUCUUCAGACAAAUCUCUGUAUUAGAUUUAUUUCUGCAGAGUGGUACAUUGGUUUCCACAGGGGUGUAGAGAUGGAUCUUGAUCCAGUCACCAACAGGCUAAAGCUUUAGACUGUCCCAGGAUGCAUUGCAGGAGCCUCCUCUAUAACCCCACCUCCAGGCACUGUGAGCUCUGUUUCAAGUUGGUGCCUGCAGAGGCAGGUCACUUAACAGGGGGGCUGCACUGGGCAGCCAUGAAAAAGCUUUUAGAAGACUCCCAAGAGCUGCAGCACUUCAUAUAUCAGUGUGACAUACUGUGCUGCUGCUCCAUUGCCUCCCCAGCGGCGUCGCAUACUCCCGCUGGCUCUGUUCCCGGGUACUUGCAGCGGAGACGCUCCGGCUCUAGGCACACGGUGGCAGGCGCUCUCCUGGUUCGCGUGGCUACUACUGCAGGAAGGCGGUAAGAGGGUCCCCCAGGCCGGACCCGCCAUUAAAUCGCGUUCUGGUCGCAGUCUAAGGAGACGGACUGCGACGCUGGCGUGGACACUGUAACAGAGCAGGGACCCCAUGAUAUCGACCAGGGCAUAGGAGUACAGUUCGGAUAUAUAAAUAUCCACUUUAUUAAGACUCCAUAGUGAGGACCAGCAUAGGGGAGAAGGCGCUUGACCUGUAGCCCCUCCCCCAGCCAUCUACUGCUGGUGUUCUCGCCCUGGAGCUGCCUCACACACUCCCUGACUGAGACGCUAGGUGCCAUCUUCUAUGAUUAGCUGCGACUGGUCUCCGGGACUGCAGGGCAGGGUCUCCUCUGUAAAUCCGCCUGUACAUCAGCGCCAUGAUUUUACAGACACUUAAGUAUUCUACAUGUCAAUAAUAAGACAGCGCUAGUUAAGAACAAGUGUACCUGUGCCAGAAUAUAUUGUACGAGUAUUCCGAUAUAUACAUCCGGUAUUGUCCCUAUGGUAAAUCCGCCUCGGGUGGAUAAUUUGUCUACCCAGUUGCAGCAAUUGGAUCAAUCUUUGGUUAGACAUAAACUCCGCGUCACUCUGGUGUAAAGGGGUCAUCUAAGCGGGCCACUUCCUCCUCACAAUCCACUAAUCUCUCGCAAGAUUCUGAUGAGGAUGGGGAGUAUACUGACCCGUCAGACACUGACACAGCUGCUUCUGAUGAGGAAUCUACAACUCAAGUUGAUGUCCCCGACCUAGUGGUUGCUAUUAAGCAAAUUCUACAAAUAGAUGAUGAUGUGGAUCCCACUACUGUGUCUAAGAAACCUGAUAAGUUUAAACGUCAGAAGGUAACUAAAACAUUAUUACCGCAUUCUGACCAUCUAGUAGACAUACGUCAAGAACCCUGAUCUUCGCCAGGAAAGAAAUUCUCCCUAUCUAAAAAGAUGGUAGCUCGUUAUCAUCUCCCUUCUGAGUCGUGUAACAAGUGGGAAAAUUCACCGCCGGUAGAUUCACAUGUCACCCGUCUCGUGGUGUCAUCCACUCUGCCUGUCACUACUGUCACCUCACUGAAGGAACCGACAGAUAAGCGUGUGGAGGGAUGCCUGAAGUCUAUUAAUCGCUUACAGGUGCUGUACAUAGACCCACUAUAGCAGCCUCCUGUGCUGCAAAAGGAUUUGAAGCAUGGGUUCAGGCAUUAGAGGAAGAGCUGCCUCAGGAUAUAGCAGACAAUACCUGUCUCAUAUUACCAUGCCACCUAUUACAUUCAGGAGGCAUCCUCUGAGGCAGGUGUGUUGACGGCCAUGGCAUCAACUAUGUCCAUCCUGACUCGCCGUAUUCUGUGAUUGAGGUCGUGGACGGUGGACCUGGACUCGAAAAAUACCUUGGAGGUACCUGUACUCCCUUUUAAGGGAGACAUCCUAUUUGGGGACGAUCUCAAUAAGAUUGUGACUGACUUAGCAGCUGCUAAGACUUAAUUUCUCCCGAAUACUAAUCCUUCUGCACAGAAGGCAAAAGGUACCACUUUUCGCUCCUUUCGGCCUCAAGGGAAAGCAAAAGGUCAGCAUUCCAGAGACAAUCUCGUGCUCCAAAAACAUCUAAGCCCAAGGCAAAACAAUCCUGGGCUGCCCGUCGGCCUGCUUUUAAACACGACAAGCCUGCUGCAUGAUGGGGCGGGCCUCCCCCUGGGAGACCCCAGGGUGGGAGGCCCACUUCUGCGAUUCACCCAGGUCUGGUUAAAGACCACUUCAGACGCAUGGGUGCGAGAAGUUGUCUCUCACUGGUACGCAGUCUCUUUCAAGAGACGUCCCCCUCGCCAGUUCUGCGCAACGGUUAUUCCUUCAGAUCCGUUGAAGGCGCAAGCUCUACAACUGGUUGUGCGUUCCCUCCUGGAUAACAACUGACAGUGAACUUCCUACAAGCCCACGGGUGGCUCAUCAACUGUGAGAAGUCCUCGCUGGUCCCUGCUCGGAGCAUGGUGCACCUGGGGGCACUGCUGGACACACACAGUCAAUGGCUGUUUCUGUCUCCCGAGAAGGACCUGAAGCUUCAGGACAGGAUCAGAAACUUCCUCUCUCGCCCAAGAGUGUCGAUACACUCAGCGAUGCAAGUACUAGGCCUCAUGUCAGUUUUUGACAUGGUAGAGUACACUCAAUUUAAAUCCUGCCCUCUGCAGAGGUUAAUCCUUUCUGAGUGGGACAGCCUGCCUCCAUCGGAUCAGGUCUCACAUGAUCUCCUUGACUUAGGAGGUUCGUCUGUCGCUGACCUGGUAGCUACAGGACCAGCAAUUGAGCAGGGGCUGUCCGUUUUGGAUUCCCAACUGGGUCCUACUGACUACGGACGCCAGUCUGAGGGGUUGGGGCGCGGCAUUGCAGCAACGCUCUUUCCAGGGUCGGUGGACCAAGGAGGAAUCGCUCCUCCCGAUAAACAUUCUGGAAUUGCUGGCAAUGUUCAAUGCUUUGUCUCUCGCCCUGCCUCUGAUACAGAACAGGCCUGUUCAAGUACGGUCAGACAACGCCACCAUGGUGGCGUACAUAAACCAUCAAGGCGGCACUGGAAGCCGCAUGGCAAUGAUGGAAGUGUCAAAAAUCCUUAGUUGGGCGGAAUGCCAUCUGCCAGCAAUAUCGGCAGUGUUCAUUCCGGGAGUCCUCAACUGAGAAGCGGAUUUCCUCAGUCGUCAGGACGUGCACGCCGGAGAGUGGAGUCUUCAUCAGGAAGUCUUUCAACUCCUAGUGGACAAAUGGGGUCUAUCAGAUGUAUACCUGAUGACGUCUCGACACAAUCACAAUGUUCCGGUCUUCGGAUCAAGAACCAGGGAUCCUCCAGCAGCGUUCGUGGACGCACUGGCAAUUCCAUGGAACUUUCGGCUGCCCUGUGUGUUCCCUCCAGAGUCACUCCUGCCCCGGGUACUGCGGAAGUUCAAACAAGAAGGAGGAAAACUACUUCUAGUCGCUCCAGCAUGGCCCAGACAGCAUUGGUUCUCAGACCUACGGGGUCUGUCGAUAGAGCGUCCUCUUCUACUUCCUCAGCACCCAGAUCUCCUUGUUCAGGGCCUUUGUGUCUACCCAGACCUGCCCAGACUGGCUUUGACGGCGUGGCUCUUGAAGCUUCACUCCUGAGGGCCAAAGGAUUCUCCGAGGCGGUUAGCCAAACUAUGCUGAAGGCCCGCAAACCGGCUUCUGCGCUGAUUUAUUAUAGGGUCUGGAAUUCUUACUUCACCUGGUGUGCUACUAAGAAUUACGAUGCUUACAAAUGCAGUACUUCCAGACUUCUGGCUGUUUAGUAACAAGGCCUCGACUUAGGCCUUCGUCUGGCCUCCCUCAAGGUUCAUAUCUCUGCCUUGUCGGUUUGGUCUCAGAGAAAACUUGUGUCUAUUCCUAACGUUCAUACUUUCACUCAGGGUGUUUUACGGAUUCAGUCUCUCUAUGUCCCUCCUGUGGCUCCAUGGGAUCUGACUGUUGUUCUGAAAGCCCUGCAAGAGUCUCCAUUUGAACCUCUUGAGUCAGUGGAUCUUAAAUGGCUCCCGGUCAAGGUCCUGUUCCUCCUACUGGCUAUUGCCUCUGCUAGAAGGGUGUCAGACCUAGGCGCUCUGUCCACCCUUUCUGAUAUUUCACAGUGACCGGGCAGUUCUUAGAACUCGCCCUGGUUAUUUGCCUAAGGUGGUGUCGUCUUUUCACCUUAACCAAGAGAUUGUGGUUCUGGCCUUCAUCUCUUCUGGUUUGUCAUCCAAAGAGCGGUCUUUGGAUGUGGUAAGGGAUCUCCGUAUAUAUGUGUAGAGGACUGCCUCUAUUAGGAGGUCAGAUACCCUUUUUUUACUAUUUGGUUUUCACAAACAUGGCUGGCCUGCGAAUAAGCAAACUUUGGCCAGAUGGAUUAGAAUGGUGAUUGCACAAUCUUAUGCGCAGGCUGCACUCCCAGCUCCUGCCGCUAUUAAAGCACAUUCUAUUCGGUCUGUUGGACCUUAUUGGGCGGCCCGCCGAGGCGCGUCCACUGAACAAUUGUGCAAGGCGGCUACGUGGUCUUCAGUGAACACGUUCAUUAGGUUCUAUGCCUUUGAUACUUCUGCCCCCCAGGAUGCUUCCUUUGGACGCCGGGUUCUCAUACCAACUACGGUGCGUCCCCUCCGAUGAGGAACAGCUUUAGGACAUCCCUGAUGUUUCCCUGUGGAAACCAAUGUAUUCCACUGCACAAAAGGAGAUUUAUGGUAGACUUACCAUUGUUAAAUCUUUCUGCGAGUACAUUGGUUCCACAGGAUACCCGCCCUGACGCACCUAGCUUCUAUAGGUUUGUAUGGCAUUAGCCGCUAGUCCCUUCUCCAGUCGUGAGAACGCUGUUCUCUGUGACUAACAUCUACCUUCCCUUUUACCUGCUCCUGCAUUGGACUGGAUAACGAAACUGAGCUCACAGUGCCUGGAGGCGGGGUUAUAGAGGAGGCCCCACAAUGCAUCCUGGGACAGUCUAAAGCUUUAGCCUGUUGGUGCCUGGAUCAAGAUCCAUCUCUACACCCUGAUGUUUCCCUGUGGAACCAAUGUACCUCGUAGAAAGAGAUUUGGCAAUGAUAAGUCUACCAUAAAUCUCCUUUUCUGGCCAGUCAUUUGACACUGAGCCACCUCUGAUCAAAGCCCUCUUUAUAGCUGAUCCUUUCCAUUUCCUGGUGUAGACAAAGCUCUUCCGAAGGUUAAUUAUAUCUGUAGACCCCAUCAGACCUGUUUACAACCAGGUGCUGAAUAGUUGUUUCUGCUAUUCUAUUUAUUGUGAAUUUGGUCAAAUUUUUUCCUAUUUAAAUACCUAAUAUUUUAACAGACACAACAUUAUUAAACCGCUACAGUCAGGUCCAUAAGUAUUGGGACAUCGACACAAUUCUCAUAUUUUGGGCUCUAUACACCACCA